GUUUUAAGCAAAAUGGCGACAGCCUAAUAGGUGGAAGACGAGAAACAGUUUUUAAGCGCAAUGACAAAACUUAUCAACAUGACCCAUUUUCCUGCACUGGGGAGGUGGGUGUUUAACACAUCAUGUGGUGGAAUCAGUGUUUCAAAAUAGCCUGAAAGCAUUGCUGCUAUGACUGAUCUGAAGCCAAAUGCACAAGAGGACAAAGAUGUGGAAUCAGUGUCUGACAGCCCAGGUCCUACUCAGGAGCCAUUACAGAGUCACACAUCCUCCCCGAAGAACAAUGCUGCAGGUCGGUCCUCAGAUGAACACGAAAACCCUUUAAAUGGAACCCAGCCGAAUCCAUUUGUAUACAGCAGUGUCCCUGCUGUUCCCCAUGCAGGCAAUUCAUUGCCUUCAGGAGCACUUGUUAAUGGACCUGGUUCACACCCCACCUCAGAGGUACGCUGUGUCCUGAACAAAGGCAGUGUUUUAUCCAACAAUGUCCUGGAUACCGAGUGGCAACCAGCGAAGGACGCGAGCCCUCAGGUGUUACCACCACCUAGUGAGCUUCAAUCAGACGCUUGGAAGAACACAGCAGGGCUUGUCCUAAAAACACUGCCCACACAGCCAGGUGUCAACACGCCACUGUCUAACUCUGAAGAGAAUGAGUCUAAACUGCCCUAUUCCACACUGUCAGGUGACAGUUCAGACCAAAUGCACAUUAGUCAACCCUUGAUAAACAAGACAAUAAAAACAGGAUCUCCACGGGACUUAAAAACAGAAGGACCAGAGAGUUUCUUAGAUGACUAUGAUGAUACUGAGGUGAUCAGAUGGGAUUCACCAAAAGAGGUCAGGCACUCCUUGAGGAAUGACCGCGCUAUUGAGAGUAGAUGGGAGAAAAAGACCAAAGUGAUGCCUCAUUUAAUGAGCCAAAGUGAGAGCAAGCACAAUACAAAUGCAGUAGACAUGCUAGAAAAGGUUAACAACAGCUUAAAUCACACACACAAACGUUUCUGCACUGGAAAUGAUGUUGAUGAUUUUGACAGUGCCAACAAACAUGUUUCUUUAGAUACAAAGUCUGAUUUUAAAUAUUCUGUUGUGCCAUUCAGAGAUCAUUCCAAGAACACAGAUUUAGAUACUGAGCAAAAUAUUUGUAGCAAAACAGAGAAAGACUGUAAAAGAGAAAUUGAUCCUGAAGAUGAAAAACAUUUUAGUACAAAACUAGAGCAGUGGAAUACAGAACAACCUGAAAAAGAUCCACUGUUCUUUCCAUGCACAAUAUGCAAUGUUAAUUUCAAGGAAAAAAGACAUUUGCAUAGACAUAUGAUGUAUCAUUUAGGCAGGCAUAAUCAGGUGCACUAUGAGAAUGUUCCACAGCCCUUUAUAUGCAGGGAGUGUGGGCGUUUGUUCUGUGAUAGCACCUCUCUCAUGAAGCACAUCAUUAUUCACAAAGACAGGCUACAAAAACUUAUGGAUGAAAUCAAAGGUCUCAAAAAACUUGAAAAUGAAGACAGAUGCAGCACAUUACAAUGCCCUCAGUGUGUAUUUGGAUGUAAUUGCCCCAAAACCUUUGUCCAACAUGCCAACACACAUGAUAAUCUAAAGCACUACUACUUCUGUGAAGAGUGUAACUACAUAACAUUGACACAACAAGCACUUGAAGCACACUUACAUGAUGUACACCUUAAAACGCACCAGCCUAAAUACUUGAGAACAGGUUGCACUAAUGAUGCAGAGGAAACGGACCAUCCUCAGUUUCGGUGUAAAUUCUGCUCUUUCACAAGUGGAGACAAACAAAUAUUACAACGACACACUGAACUAGAGCAUCAGCAGUCCUUUUUCGAUGAUUUUGAAAAAACUGUAUUUGAUAAGAUGUCAGAGUAUAAUGAUACUAUAGUCAGCCAUUUAAAAUUAGCUGAUCAGACCAAAACUACAAGUUCAAAACCAGCAAGGUGUGAACCAAACUUGUGCUGUACACAGCCAGUUUUUUGGAGAAGAGCUGACUUUACCUGUUGGUCUGGCAAAAGCAGGGAUAUUUACAAGAAAAAUCCCGACACACUCAAUUCAUACAAAAGUUUCAGCUCUUCACAGUUCAAAUGCAGUGUUGGCUGCAAUGCAAGCAUGCUGCCACCAUCUUUGUGGAAGAUCGACAAGCAUGGAAAAUCUCUAGAACCGGUAGAAAAAAUAACAACUGGUCUCACCUGUGCAGAAGAAGAUGAUCAAAACAAUAACCAUAAGGCUUCAGGCAGCUCAAAACAGAAAAACUGUCCUUCAACCAGUGAUAUUUUACUUACAGCUGAGAAUGGUGCAUUAGACCAGAUGUUCUGCCAGGGAAGCAACAACGGUUUAGCAAACAUAAGUUCAGAAAAGCAAGCAAGCCUGAAUUCUCCAUCAAAAAGAAAACUGUCAACACCCUUAAGUAGCAAUAUUGACAAGAUGAAGGAUUACAUAUUACCAAAGUUUAGCCAAAGGCUUAUGAAGCAGAGUACUCAUGGAGACGUAAAGGAAGCCUGUGAGGACAGCAAUGACAACUUCUUGGAUGGCAGUGAGAAUGAAAGGAACCCCAGUGCCCGGAGCUGCUUCAAAGAGAGGCAGAAGUUUUCAGUCAAAGAGAAAAGUUUCCAUGUUGGCCAGGUUGCUGAAGAUGAGGACAAUGAAGAUGAUGACUGCAGUGAUGUAGAGCAACUCAUAAUCAAGGAGGAGUAUAUUGAAACUGCAGUGUGCGAUGAGUCUCCAGAGUCACCUUCAAUGCCCACAAGUGACCCUUUUGAUAUUUCCCCCACAUCAGGGGUAGAACACAAACCCUGUCCGUACUGUCCUGCUGUGUUUGAGUCUGGGGUGGGUCUGUCCAAUCACGUGAGAGGGCACCUUCACCGUGUUGGGCUGAGUUAUAAUGCUCGUCACAUGGUUUCCCCAGAGCAAGUGGCAUUGCAGGACCGUCAGCCACGAAUCCGCAAAAGGAUCCCCUCUGCCAUGAGGAGACUCAAAAAAGCUGAGAAGCCUGAGUCACAAGGAGAGCACACAUGUCCCCUCUGCUGGGGUUGGUUUGAUACUAAAACUGGCCUUUCCAACCAUGUGAGGGGACACCUGAAACGAAUAGGUCAGACUGUUACCAGCAACAAAUCUCCUGUGUGCAUCCUAAAUGAACUGCUACAGGACAAGAAAGAACAUCAGAACAUCCUCCAGAUUCUUAACAAGGACCAGCUCCCCUCAAGUCCGUUUGUCUCUCAAAAGUUCAUCAGCAGUGACGGCCUGUUCCUGAUGCGCACCGGGAUUCCUGUGAAAAUCCAAUAUGGUAUGAGGAGUCCCACUCCACUGGACAGCUUUGUAUCAAAACAAGAGGCAGAGGAGCUCUCAGAGAGGAAGCAACUGCGCAUAGAGGCACAAAGGGCCAAUGAGCCCUCAUCAAGCACUUUAGUAGAGCUGCUCAAGACAAGACAGAAAGGCAUGGAGCUUAAGGAAAUAAAUGGCUCUUCGGCAGCCAGGAAGCACUUUAAUAUGACCAAAGAGAUGGAGGAGACCCAGGUGACCAGUGUGGAAUCAAACUGGGCUAAUGGGGAAUGUGACUCCAAUAAGAUUUGCAUUCAUUGUAACACCACCUUCCCCAGUGGUAUCAGUCUGUCCAAUCACCUUCGAGCCUAUGCACGUAGGAAGAGGAUUGCCAUUUUGGAAGAAACAAGUUAUGAUUAUAGACAAAAGAAGCCAAGAUUGAGACCCGGGCUAAAAAAGAAGGUUUUACCUUCCUUGAAUGCGGAGAUAUACAGACUCACCUGCAGAUUCUGUGACCUAGUCUUCCAAGGUCCCCUGUCUGUCCAGGAGGAUUGGAUCAAGCAUUUACAGAGGCACCUUAUGCACACCAGCGUCCCCCACUCAGGGACAGGGAUGGUGGAGGUUUUGGGUCUUCAUCAAGAAAUAAACAGCAUGUCACAUGAGCACCCAAACCUUGAUCAGACCACAUCCUCUCUGGAACUUCCAGUUCCCUCCUGAAUUGCACACUGUUUACAGGUUUACCACAUCACAUAAACCUACACAUGUUCAUAGACGUACAUAAUAAUAAUUCAUCCAUAAUGCAUAAUAAUAUUUAAUAUGUAUCAGCAAAACCGUUAUAGUCUAUAUUAUGGAAUAUUCUAAUGCUACAUAUGCUUUAUUUGCCAUAUUAACUUAGCUAAAAGAGCUUGAAUAAGAAUUAUAUUUAUCAGCUGCUGUAUAAGUUAUGCAAAAUGCCAAUAAGCACAGUUGUAGAAGAGCAGGACCUUGAAAAAAUCUUAACUAAAGGCUGGGACCCAAAACUGUUUGUGAUCCAGUUUUGGCUUUUGCUUCUCACAAGUGAUAAUGUGUUGUACUUAGCCUGGGUUUUCAGAGUGACAUUGCUAUAACUUAAUUUAAUUUUGGGUCUCAUGCUGAAAAUGCUGUAAAACCAUUGGGUGGCAUAUAUGUAUGGUAUCCUUAUUUUUCUUUAUCCAAACGUCUCUAAUCUUAUGUGCAAUCUUUUACCUUGCAGUGCAGCACAUAUAACUAGAUAUUAUUUCAGAUAGAAAAACAGGCUAUGCAAUGUGCAAGCUGACAUAUCGUUUUGAACUGAUGGUGCACUUCAGCUAAACAAACAAACAAACAAACAAACAAACAAACAAACUCUUUCUUGUGCAUUUCCAUUGCUUACUCAUGCAGAUUGAUAAAGAUAGGUCUGUUCAAUUCAGUCAGUAUUACCAGUAAUCUGUUGCUUAAGACAUUUAGAAAGUUUGCUCUAAUAUUUUCACAACAUGCACUUUUUUCUUGUUGUUGUUGGA